UGUGUUUGCCACUUCUGCAUUAGUCUCUCUUUUCCGGUCUGUUCAUUUUUGCAUUCACAUUCCCUGCUUUUGCAAUUGCAAAACCAAUAAGGUGAAAACAUGAGAGAGAGAUUGGGCGGUGGUCUCACACCUCAACAGAUUCUGCUGGCAAUUCUUUGUUUAGAUGUCUCCUGUUGCAGCUCAAUUCUUGGUGAUGAACACAAUACUUUACUUUCAAUAAAGAGAAGUGCGGUGACUCCAGAUAUCUCGCCCAGUGCAGAACCUGAACCUUUUCUCCCUAGUUUAGCUCCUUCACCAUUGAUGCCAUUCACAAAUGCCACUGUGCCAAAAUUAUCAGGACUUUGCAGCUUGAAUUUUUCAGCAGCACAAAGCAUCAUGAGUAUAACAGCGACGGACUGUUGGGCUUCAUUUGCACCCUAUUUAGCUAAUGUGGUAUGUUGUCCUCAGUUUGAUGCCACGCUGGUCAUUCUCAUGGGGCAGUCCAGUAAAAACUCUGGGAUGCUUGCUUUAAAUGCAACUCAUUCCAACCAUUGCCUCUCAGAUGUUAUAACAAUCCUAGAGGCUCAAGGUGCUAAUGGAACUCUCCAAAGCAUAUGCUCUGUUUCUCCUGCAAACCUCACUGCUGCCUCCUGCCCUAUCAUCGAUGUCAAUGAGUUUGAGAGCAGCGUUGACACCUCAAGACUUCUAACUGCUUGUGAAAAAUUUGAUCCUGUGAAGGAGUGCUGUGACCAAACUUGCCAAAACGCAAUUUUAGAUGCAGCCCAGAAACUAUCCUUGAAUGGCAUGUCGAGUUCAGAUGGGAUUCCUAUCUCACCUGGGCACUCAAACGGGGUUGAUGAUUGUAAGAAUAUAGUCCUGCGAUGGUUGGCAAGUAAACUGGAUCCCUCCUCUGCUAACAGUGCCCUUAGGGGCCUCUCUAAUUGCAAUACAAACAAAGUUUGUCCGCUGAAAUUCCCAAACAUAACGACAGUUUCAAAAGAAUGUGUGGGACUGAUAAAUGACCAAACAGCUUGCUGUAAAGCAAUGGAGGGCUAUGUUUCCCACUUACAGGAGCAGAGCUUCCUAACCAACUUGCAAGCAUUACAUUGUGCUACGUAUCUUGGUAUCAAAUUGCAGCAAGCCAACGUCUCAAAGAAUCUCUAUAAUCUUUGUCAUAUAAACCUCAAGGAUUUCUCUCUUCAAGCUUUAUCACAAGAAUCUGGCUGUCUUCUACCAAGCCUACCUUCAGAUGCGACAUUUGACCAAAUGUCAGGAGUAAGCUUCAUAUGUGAUCUCAACGACAACAUUGCAGCUCCGUGGCCGUUGUCCACUUCUCUCGCACCUUUGCCUUCUUGCAACAAAACUAGCAAAAUUCCGGCUCUUCCCAAAGCAUCGUCUGCGCACUGCGGGGCUUGCAUAAAAAAUUUACUGGUGACGCUGCUAUUUGCAACCUUGCUGUUUCUCAAGAUGCCCCCUUGAAUUCCUAGCUGCCAUUCGAGCUGUUCCGUAGAUAGGAGUUUAUUCUCAUCUCAUUUGUCCCUCCGAAGUUGGAGGACGACGAAAUCAUACUUAGAAUCAACUUUGCAGGACGGGGGAAUGUAUCGACAAGCACAAUGCUUGACAUCUCCAUUCUUUACCAGGCAACCUCUGUAACUGUAAUAGCCUUUAGGAAAAAAGGCGUGAGGGAGCACCAUUCUUCUAGCUCCACAUAAUAAAUCCUGUAACAAGAUACUCAUAUACAAGUGGAAAAAAGGUUUGCAUUCUCCUCUUUAAAUCGAUUUACUUUCUGUUUUUUCGAAUGUUUUACUACUAAGAUGUGUAUUACCCACCCACUGCAACUACUCUAUCAAUGUGCAAGAUUAUUCAAGU